AACCCUGGCGAGGCUUGAAGGUGCUACCAAAUUCCAAAGCAUCUCUCUCUCUCUCUCUCUCUCUCUCUCUCCCACCGAACUGUCCUCGUUUAGUUUGUCGAAUCAUGACUGGUACCUUGGGUUCGAACAAGAAGACGAAUAAAAUCAAGUUUCUCUACAGUUACGGAGGUAAAAUUGUUCCUCGUAGGGUCGACGGCAAGCUCCGGUACCUCGGUGGACAUACCAGAGUCGUCGCUGUAGAUCGUUCGGUCACAUUCGCAGAGCUGAUGGUCAAGUUUGGAGAGUUGUGUGGAUCGUCCAUGAGUUUGAGAUGUAAAUUGCCGACUGAAGAUCUCGACUUCCUUGUCUCUGUUGCCUCCGAUGAGGACCUCUCUAAUGUCAUCCAAGAAUACGAUCGAGUCUCGUCGUCUACGGCUGACAAGUCGGAGAUGAAGGUCAGAGCGGUACUUUUUCCGAUCAAACCGCUCAAAAAAGAAUUUUCUCUUCCGUCAAUUGUUUCGUCUAGUUCCUCCACUUCUUCUGCAUCACCAUCGCCGCCGUGUGGAGUUCCCGGAUUCUAUUCUCCCCCUCCCCCUCAGCACAAUCGUUCCGGCUGCCGAUUUUCCUCUCCGGCAGUUAGAUUCCGUGUCGGUGAUCAGAAAGACGGCGGGAAAGUUCAGCGGUGUUACUCUCGUUGCUGUCAUUGCGAACGGAGGAGUCCUAGGCGUAUGUACGUUGUUCCUCCAUGGAAUCACAGUCACUAGAGUGAGGAUUUUUUUUUUUUU